CCACGCCCCCGGCCCCGGCAGCAGGAGAGCGGUGCGCAAGAUGGCGGCGGCGGUCGUGAGGGGCAUCGGGGGCGGUUUGGGCCACGGCCUGCGGGAGCUCCGCGUCCAUCUGUGCCAGCGCUCGGCCGGCAGCCGCGGCGCCAGGGAGUUCAUCGAGCAGCACUACGUGACGCUGAAGCAGGCGAACCCCGACUUCCCCAUCCUCAUCCGCGAGUGCUCCGGCGUGCAGCCCCGGCUGUGGGCGCGGUACGAGUUUGGCAAGGAGAAAAGCGUGUCACUGCAUAACCUCAGUGUGGAUGAAGUAGCCAAGGCCUUGGAGAACAUUGUGAAAGGCAAGGUGUGAAGACAGCCAGCAAACGUACUGAAUGCUUUACUUGUGAUUUUUAAUGUAAAAAUGUGUAUCCUUAACUUAAUCACAUAAAUGUACAUGCUUCUCCUGA